AUGGACUAUCCAGUUCCAGCCAUGGGAGUCCAUCAGUGGGACAAACAUCCAGCUGUCCUGUCACAAACCAACAACCUCAAGGAGGAGGGCAUAGACUGGGGACCAAGCCCAGCUCCCUGGGCUUGGGAGCUGGUAUGGACAGACGGGGUGGAUCCUCCAGUUCAGCUAAAUCAGCUGGUGCCCAGCAACAACCAAUUUCUACAUAUUUCCCAGAUGAUCUCAGAGGCCUCAAGAGAAGGACUGACUGAAGCUGCGCUGAACCGCUACAACACACACUCUCCUGCACACACAAAUUCAGCAUCAAACUUUCAAUCGAACACUCCAGCCGUUACCACCACAGCACCCACUGCCACGUCCACUGCUACUUCCUUCUUUGCCAGCUCAAAGAGCGGCACAGAAGUUGAACUUAGCAUCCAAAAAGAAGAAACAGAAGACAACUGCAGCAGUGGCCCCAGUUACAUCAUCUUCUCCAUCAUCUGA